AUGGGCUCGGGGCUCGAGGUGCAGCAGAAGCGCGCCGCCCAGGGCCCCGCCCAGGCAGGCGCGGCCUGGUGCCUCUGGGCGCGGCUGCCGCUGCAGCUCCUGGACAUGGAGCUGCAGGCGCAGAUGGCCACGCGCCAUUUGGACAAUGCCAAGCGACAGGUGGACGUGAUGGGGGAGGGGCAGGAAGGCCCGCGCAAGAAGUCGCCAAGAUUUCGCUGGGAUCAGUGGCUUCCUCGGACAAUGCUCCGCGCAGUGUUCAGCAAAGAGAAUCUGCGGAUGGCUGCUAGCAGCGUCGCCAAGGUUUUCAGAGGCACCGGAAUCAAAGGCAGCCAUCUUUUCGUUCGCCAAUUGAGAUCGGCUUUGGCGGAGCUUUAUUGCGACAGCCAACGUGUUCAAAUAGAGCGCCAAGUGCUCAGAGCGCCUGGGACAGAACACAAUUGGUUGGUUAUGCAUCUGCAGUGGGGCGAAACCAAGUUCACUGUGCAGCUGAACGACGGCAAGCCUCCUUGUGGGCAGCAAGUGAUGACACAGCACGGCGUGUUGCAUUGGGAAGACGAGGACCUCCGCGUCCACAGCCAAGAGCUUAUCUUCCCACCGUCCGUGCUGGAAUCUGCAACCGCCGACUGCAUGCUCGGAGGCCUCGCGCGGGCGUUGCGCGUGGAUAUGGAUGAGCUCUGGCCGUCGGCGCUGCUGGCGUGCUUGUCCCCGAGCGUCGAUUCUGUGGCCGCAAACGGGCUGGUGUGCAAAUAUUUGCUGCAGACGUUGCCCUGGUGGACAGCUCUGCGGCAAAUCCUGUCGGACGAGGAGGCUGGUCUGGAGGUGCGGCGGGGCGCGCCGAAUCCAGCGGACAGGGGGAAGCUCGACAUGCUGCUCGGGUAUUGCGACCGCCAGAUGGAUGAGGACGUGGAGGACGAGGAGGUGACAGCGGCGCGCGGCCAACGCAGAGGCCUCACCAAGCCAGAGGUCGACUUGAUCAAGGAGAUGUUCACCGGCGACGUGUCUCAAGAGAGGCCUGUGCACCAUUGCAGGGGCCGCGACUGCUGCGCGAACAGGCAGGAGUCUGUCGACAGAGCGGUGGCGGCGGUGAUGGUUCCUUUGCGCAGGCGUUUGGCAGUGCCCGCGUUGAACCGCUGGAACACUGUGCAUCCCACCGCGUGCGUCUUGCUGCUGUUGAUCUCCUUGCAUGGAUUGCUGCCGCGUGCGCUCGAGAAGACGCGCGGCGCUGCUGUGCGCGCCAUGCGGCGGGAAGAUGGCGGCCUCGAGAGCGGCAGCGGCGCA